AUGCAGCAGCAACAUAAACAAAGCGCUUUGUUUUGGCGCUCACCAGCGAUGUUGUUAUUGUUUUUGGCGUCGCUCUUGUUAUUCUUGCAAGGAGCUCACACGAAAAGUGAGGCGGACGCUGAUGGUGUAGUGGCUGCCCCCGUUGUAGAUGCAUCAACAUCCAAUUUGAAUGAUAAGAUCAAAGUCUUCACCGUGGCCAGUGAACCAACUGAUGGAUAUCGCCGUUACAUACGUUCCUCACACGUCUACGAUAUUGAGGUCACCACGCUGGGCAUGGGCGAGGAGUGGACUGGAGGUGACAUGAAAACAGCCGGCGGCGGUGUCAAGAUCAAUCUGCUGCGCAAAGCCAUUGAGCCCCUGAAGGAUGCACAGGACACACUGAUUAUGUUCACCGACAGCUACGAUGUUAUUAUAACCGCACGCCUGGAGGAGAUUUUGGAGAAGUUCAAGGAGACGGGUGCCAAGCUGUUGUUCUCAGCAGAAAAGUUCUGCUGGCCCGACAAGAGUCUGGCCAACAAGUAUCCCGAGGUGGAAGGCAAGGCAUCGCGUUACCUAAACUCUGGUGCCUUCAUUGGCUAUGCACCUCAAGUCUAUGCACUGCUCGAGGAGCCCAUCGAGGACACCGGCGAUGAUCAAUUGUACUUUACGAAAGUGUUUCUUGACGAGACGAAGCGUGCCAAACUGGGCAUGAAACUGGACACGCAAUCGCGUCUCUUCCAGAGUCUGCAUGGUGCCAAGAAUGAUGUGAAGCUGAAGGUGGAUCUGGACUCCAAUCAGGGCACCCUGCAGAACAUUGAUUUCAUGACCACGCCCGCCAUCAUUCAUGGCAAUGGACUGAGCAAGGUCGACUUGAAUGCCUAUGGCAAUUAUUUGGCCAAGACUUUCAGUGGCAUCUGCACCGUUUGCCAGGAAUAUAUCUUGGAGCUGGAUGAGAAGCAACUGCCUGUGGUGACGCUGGCUGUUAUUGUGCCUCAAGCUGUGCCUUUCUUUGAUCUGUUUCUGGAGGGCAUCGAGAAGAUUGACUAUCCCAAAGAUCAUCUGCAUUUAUACAUGUACACGAGUGUGCCGCUGCACGACGAACUCAUCGAGGCAUACGUCUCAAAACAUGGCAAGAAAUAUGCCAGCGCCAAGUUUGUGCUGUCCACGGAUUUACUAGACGAACGCUCUGGUCGCCAAUUGGCCCUCGACAAGGCGCAACAGCAUCACAGUGAUUACCUAUUCGUUGUGGAUGGCGAGGCGCAUAUUGAUGACAAAGCUGUGCUCCGCGAGCUGCUUAAGCUGAACAAACAAUUUGUGGCGCCGCUGUUCAACAAAUACUACGAACUGUGGAGCAACUUCUGGGGCGCACUCUCCGAUGGUGGAUAUUAUGCACGUUCCCAUGACUACGUGGACAUUGUGAAGCGGGAUUUGGUCGGCAUUUUCAACGUGCCACAUGUCACGAGCAUCUAUCUGAUCAAGCACAGCGCUUUCGAAGCCAUCAAAUUCGAGCACAAAGAAUUCGAUCCCGAUAUGGCCUUGUGUGAAUCCCUCCGAAAUGCUGGCAUCUUCAUGUUCAUUAGCAAUCAGCGCAAUCUUGGCCAUCUGGUCAAUGUGGACAACUUCAACAGCAGCGUUGUUCGUCCCGAUUUCCAUACGUUGUUGAGCAAUCGCUACGAUUGGACCAAGAAGUACAUUCAUCCAGAUUAUGCCAACUUUUUGAACGAGAGCAUUCCCGUGCCACAGCCAUGUCCGGAUGUCUACUGGUUCCAUGUGGUCACUGAGGCAUUCUGCGAUGAUCUGGUUGCCAUCAUGGAGGGACAUGGCAAGUGGUCCGAUGGCAGCAACAGCGACAAGCGCUUGGAGGGUGGCUACGAGGCGGUUCCCACUCGGGACAUUCAUAUGCGUCAGGUCGGACUUGACACGCUCUAUCUGAAGUUCCUGAAUAUAUUUGUGCGUCCACUGCAGGAGCGCGUCUUUACGGGCUAUUAUCACAACCCGGUGCGUUCGCUGAUGAACUUCAUGGUGCGCUAUCGACCCGAUGAGCAGCCCUCGCUGCGUCCUCAUCACGAUUCCUCCACGUACACCAUUAACAUUGCCAUGAAUAAUGUUGGCGAAGAUUACGAGGGCGGCGGUUGCCGCUUUUUGCGCUACAACUGCUCCGUGACGGAGACGAAGAAGGGCUGGAUGCUGAUGCAUCCAGGUCGUUUGACCCAUUUCCAUGAGGGUCUUCUUGUGACCAAGGGCACACGCUACAUUAUGAUAUCGUUUAUCGAUCCAUAGACGUGAUUGUAUCCGAAAAUGCAAAUACUGCCAUAAUGGUCACUCCAAAGAUUUUAUCCUUAGUAUAUCCUAAAUGUUGGAGUAUUUUCAGCAAAUUGCAACUCGAAUCUAGUUUACAUUUUGGAUUGUGGUCUAUUGCCUUAGUUGACAAAGUUUCGGAUCAAAAUACACAUCCAUAAUUUGCCUCGAAACUCCAGGGUCUGACAUGAAACUAUUUACUCAUUAAGUUUAUUAAGUAAGUUUUUUGAAAAGUGUUCAAUUCGAUAAAUAAAAACUAAGCAAUGUA